GCCCGCUGCUGGUCAGCCGGAGCAGGACUACAACUUCCAAGAGGCAUUGCUGCCCUGAGCCGCUCCCCCUCGAGCGCGCACAUGCGCAGUGAGAAGCCUCGCUGGAGGAAGAGGAGGAGGAAGAGGAAACAGCAGCAAGGCCGGAAAGUGGAUCCUUAGGCGGGCCGCGAUCCCGGGCGGCCUGGCGCGGAAGGGCGGCAAGAUGAGCGCCACCAAGGAGUCCCAGGCCGAGCACGGCCACGGCGUGAAGCGAGCGGCUUCCCCCGAACUUGGAUCUAGCAGUUGGGAGGCAGCAGACUUGGGUAAUGAAGAAAGAAAGCAAAAGUUCUUGAGACUUAUGGGUGCUGGAAAGAAAGAACAUACUGGGCGUCUUGUUAUUGGAGAUCACAGAUCAACUUCACAUUUUAGAACAGGGGAAGAAGACAAGAAAAUGAAUGAUGAGCUUGAGACACAGUUUCAACAAAGCAUGGAUAGCACUGUGUCAGGAAGGAACCGGCGGCACUGUGGACUUGGUUUCAGUGAGCUGGAUGAAGAUAAAGAAGAACAUACAAGAGACUCCGUGGAGCCUGAAAGCUCCGAGGACUCAGAAAGUGACUCUGACUCUGAGCAAGAAGAAUCUGCAGAGCAGGAGCAGCCGGCUGAAAAGCACAGCGAUGUUGAAGACCGUCAACCCAAGAAGGAUGGAAAAAGCAACUAUAAAAUGAUGUUCGUUAAAUCCAGUGGUACAUAACUACAGAGCAAAUCAGCCUUGGAGCAAAGUAAGCCUUAUGGUUACAGUGCAAAGUAUUGGACUGCUGACAGCACAGAUCUUUCUACUAUGGUUUUAAUAAGGCCCUUUUAGAGUAAUAAUUGUGUUUGCAUUCCUAAUGCCAUGAAGCUAUUUUUAUCAGCAUGACUGUAUCCAUUUUGUUUUGUAAAGCAUAAAAAUAAAAAUGGAUGGGAAUGAACUUUAGUUCUCCAAUUACCUUUAUGUUAUUCUUCAGUCACUUCCAUGAUGGCUGUUUAACCUUCCCGAGCUUGUUAAAAUGAUUUACUGAAAUGAUUCUUGACCUCUUUAUGUGUGUGGUUUA